AUGUCAGACUCGAGACGCACUGCCCUGCUCUCGGCGCUCGCCUACGCCGCUCUACUACUCGUACCCGUCGUAGAAGGAAGCUUGUGUGGAAUCGUGGAUCACCGGACGGCCAUUGUCGACAAUCGCCUGUUCUUCACCAGCGGCAACUACACGUUUGCUGACAACCAGAUAUGGCACAACACGUCGGACCUGUACUGGCUCGACCUGACCAAGAGUUUUGAUGUCGAUGGCAUGCUCGAUUCGACCGCACUCAACCAGUCGGCAUUGCCGUCAGGUGAGCUAGCGAGUAGUCAACGCUUGACUGCUGGAGGUGCCUCCGGUGUCUUCUUCUAUGAUCAUACCACCAUGUAUGCUUAUGGUGGUCUUAUCGAAGAAGAUGCGGAUGGGGUUGACAACUCCCUCUGGGCGUACAACACGUCCACUGAUACCUGGAACCUGACGUCCAUGGCAACUGGAUCCAUCAGUUUUGGAGACAACACCGAAGGUAUCUACGCCAGCGACCCCGACUCUGGAAGAUCUUUCUAUACCGGAGGCUGGGAGGUCUCUUUCAACGGGUCCAACCAAGGAAUGGUCAAGUUCAACACCAACAACUCCGCGAAGCCGACGUUUGAUUUUGCUGCCAGCCAGACCAAUGACCAAGGACUGAGCACGUUGAAAGGCGCAAUGGUCUACACGCGGAAAGGCAAGAAAGGUACUUUGAUCGCCAUUGGCGGUGACGACACGACCAGCGGCGGCCAAUUCAACGGCGAACAGUACUGGAAUCAGCGAUCGAUGUCCCAAAUCUUUAUCUACGACAUCGACGGCGAGACGUGGUACAACAUUACGGCAACAGGCGACAUCCCAGGCCCACGCACUGAGUUCUGCGCAACCGUCUCCUCGGCUCCGGACGACUCCAGUAUCCAGAUAACGAUCCACGGCGGCUGGGACCAAGGCAACGCAGCAUCGCUGAACGAUGUGUACGUUUUGAGCGUCCCGGCGUUUGAGUGGAUCAAGGUCAACGCGACAGGUGAUCCGGAUAAGACUGCUGAUCGCUUCGCCGGCCGCCAUCGCCACAAGUGCAAUGUCUGGAACGACCGCCAGAUGCUCGUCACGGGUGGUGUUGUCGAUGCGAACGGCACGUCCCGCAACGACUACUGCAACGCGACCAGCCACCCGCCGGUCAAGGUUCUCGAUCUGUCGACGUACGAGUGGCAGACAACCUUCCAGCCGAACCUGACUUACACGAUCCCGACCAUUGUGCGCGACGUCAUCGGCGGAGACCUCAGCGCCACCGGCAGUGCUGCCCAACAGUCCCCCACCAGCGGUUGGAAAGACGCUGCUUUGUCAACCAUCUUUUCGCAAACCGUGCCCCGCUCGACAUACACGCCUCCAUCCGACUCAGACACGUCAGACGGCGACGACAGUUCCACGCACACCGGCGCGAUAGUCGGCGGCGUCGUAGGCGCCGUAGGCGGAGUCUCGCUCCUUGCAGCCGCAGGCUUGCUCUUCUGGCGGCGGCGCAAACAGCAAGCCGCGCAACAAACGGCGCGCACGGACUCUGGUCCCGUCGAGCUCGUCGGCAGCGGAGGCCGGGAGCCGCCGCAGGAAGUCCAUGGCGGAGACGCGAAGUUCGAGCUCCCUGACCAAGCUGUGCCAGCCGAGAAGGAGGCGGAUGCGUUCCGCUGCGAGUUGGAAGACACGGAGGUCGUGAGCCCAAUAAGUACGCAGGUGGUGAGUCCGCUGGAGGAGGAGGUGGUGGGGAAGGGAGGUGUUGUGGGUGUUAGUUGGGGUAGAGGAGGUGGGAAUGGCGAGAGGAGGUUUUCGUAG